UAGGUAAUUUCACAAGUUUAGAAUUUAUCGAAUUCUAGUUUCGAAUGUUUCGUUUAUUUAGUGAUUAAGAUAGUUGGUAAAAGACUGUGCACGUAGAAAACGGAAGAAUUGAUAGAUAAGAAUAGAAUAUAAAAGAAUAGUUUUUUAAAUAGAAAACUGAAAAGUAUAGACGUCUUCAUAGAUUGGCUACGACAAAGAAAUCCGUUUGUUUAUGAAGACACAAAUCUUCAUUCGCUUUCUUUGGGCUUGACGUCUGAUGAAAAUGAUGGUAUCAACUGUGAAAUUGCUGAAGAGAUCGGAAAAAUGAUACAAGCAAAGUUGGACAACCUUUCAAUAGUUGAAUGCACAAUCAAGCGGAAGGACCAGGUUAAGCCCAUCAUUACCUUGCAAUCCAAAGUCCAAUUGAAUAAAGAAUCUGUCAUUGUCAAUCCAACGAUGCUGUUCACACGAUUGGUAGCCAUAGCGCAAAGGGAAAAAGAAGACAUCGAAGAAUUUUUUGCUUUCGAACUAACACAAGAGCCAAUGUCCCUCUUUAAACAUGGCUUAAUGAGAAAACCUGACAAGCCCUCAUUACGUAAAGCUGUGAUGAAAGAUGAUGAAGCAGUGGGAAAAAAUCAAUUACAAAUUGAUCCUUAUUUCGUAGUCGAUGGCGGAGCGCUAUUGCAUAGAGUCCGUUGGAUCAAAAAUUCUACUUUUGAUGAACUAUCCCAAGUUUACGUUAGUUACGUUCGACGGCACUAUAAAUCUUGCACCAUUGUCUUUGAUGGAUAUGAUGGUCCUAGCACGAAAUCAAAUGAGCACAUGCGACGAACAGGUGGUGGAAAACGAUGCCCCAAUAUUGAUGUUGUUGGUUUUAACAAAGUAUCUUUUACCCAAGAAAGUUUUCUGAAUAACAAAGAUAACAAAACACGUUUCAUCAGGCAUAUCAGCAUAAAACUUCAGCAAGACGGGCAAACAGUGAAGAUUUGUGAAGGUGAUGCUGAUACAACAAUCGUCUCAACAGCACUAAAAGAAGCCGAAACAAACAACAAAAAAGCCGUUGUAACAGUUGCCGAUGAUACCGAUGUCGCAAUGAUGCUUCUAUACCAUUGGCAAGAACAUCAUGGAGAUGUUUACUUCUUUCAAGAGAGGUUGGAUAAAGCCUGGAACAUGAAAGUUGUCUGUCAGAAAUGGAACCCUAUCCGACAGCAUAUUCUUUUUGUACAUUCGUUUUCCGGCUGUGAUACAACAUCGGCACCUUUUGGAAAGGGAAAAAAUAACUUGCUGUCAUUGGUCACAAAGAACAAAACAUUGCAGAUUGUCUCAGACACAAUGGGUGAUGUUUGGGCAGACAACAGAGAUGUCGAAGAAGCUGCCAUCAAAGCGUUUCAAAUCAUUUAUGGUGGUAACGACUUGACUGAUUUAUGCAAACUUAGAUACCGGAAAUAUCUCGAUAUGUGUUGGAAAGGAAAAAUUGAUCCUGAAAAGAUGCCACCUACGGAAAGUGCUGCUAUUCUACACGGUUUUCGAGUUCAUCUACAGAUAAUGAAUUGGAAGAUAUUAGAGGAAGAAGAGCUUAAGCAAAUUGAUCCAAGCAAAUGGGGCUGGAAAAUUGAAAAUUCUCAAAUGAUGCCAAUAAAGACAGAUAAACAAGUCGCCCCUGAUAGCCUCCUAAAAAUCAUUAAAUGCAACUGCAAGGCUACUUCGAAGUCACCCUGUUCAACAAAUUUGUGUUCAUGCAGAAAACAUGGUCUGAGCUGUAUGCAGUCUUGUGGAGAAUGUCACGGUGAAACAUGUGAAAAUAAAGAGGUAUUCGAUGGUGAUAGUAACGUCGAAGAUGAUUUGGAAGAUAAAGAAGAGAAUAGAAACAUUUUUGAUAUAUUUGAUGCAUUUUGAUUUUACAUAAUUUGUAUACAAAUAUUUACUUUUUUAAGAUGAAAACUAUUAAAGAAA